AUGCUAGUCUCCGAGGAAGGAUUCAGAGAGGACGGGAGAAGGCCCAACGAGCUAAGAAGGAUAGAGGCGACAAAGAGAAGAAUCGGGGAGAAAGGCCGUGUGGAUAUGAGGCAGGGGAACACGCAAGUGUCUGUGAUAUGCAGCGGACCGAGAGAGAUCGGGAAGCUGAGCGUCGGGGUUGAGUUUUAUGCCGUUUCAAGGCAGGAGCCUGUGAGUGAGAAGAGGGCGUCCGAAUACGAAGGUCUCCUCUUGGACAUCUUCGGCGACGUCCUGCUCCCCGAGGCGUCAGUCGACAUCCAAGUCAUUGUGAGGGAGGACGGGGGGUCUCUACUGUCUACGAUGAUCAACUGCACGACCCUUUGCCUAUCAUACUUUGGAAUGCCCCUGGUGGACAUGUGCUACUCGUCUGCUGUUGCGGAAGGCUGUGUCGACCUUGCAUCCACGGAAGAGAGCCAGAGAGUCCCGGUUGUUACUGUUGCAUACCUAAUGAAUAGAAAGAGCAUUCUGUACCUGUCUCUGAGCGGGCGAGUGGCAUGCAGUAGGUUGCAGGCCUCUGUUCUUGAUGCAAUAGGCGCCUGCAAUGCCAUUGGUGAGUGUCUUGGGAACUUCUUCUCUCCCAGCCUGGAAUGA